AUGCGGGGGAAAACCCCCCACAGGACAGCAGCAGCGCUGCUGCUGUUCGUGUGUCUGCUGCUGCUGGCGUCACAGCAGCAGCAGCAGCAGCAGCAGCAGCAGCAGCUCCCAGGCCUCCUGGGGGCAGCAGCUAUGGGCAGGCGAGGGGGGCCCCCCGCAUCUCUAGGGGCCCCAGGUACAGCUGCAGCAGCAAGACGCCGACCCAAGCAGCAGCAGCAGCAGCAGCAGCAGCAGCAGCAGCACAUUCAGGCCGCCACUCCUACCCUUUCCCCCGCAACAUGCAUGCAGAAGCAGCACGAACAUCAGCAGCAGCAGCAGCAGCAGAAACAACAGCGGCAACACACUCCCCUGCUGCAGCAGGAACUCAAACACCAACGACAGCAGCAACAGCAGCAGCAGCAGCAGCAGCAGCAGCAAAUACAAGUAUCUACCAUUGAGGCUGUUGCGUCUCAGGAUGAUGGGUGGCGUCUUCAGCUGUACGUACACUCCAACUACCCCCUACCCCCAGACACAUACGUUGCUGCUCACCCGCUGCAGCAGCAGCAGCCGCAGCAGCAGCAGCAGCAGCAGGAAGAGAGAUCCUGUCUAGGCCCUGCCAUUGCUGUCUCCUCCCCGGCAGCUGCUGCGAGCCCACAGCAGCAGCAACAGCAGCAGCAGCAGCAGCAGCUGCUGCUGCUGCAGCAGCACGGAGACGACAAUUCCUCUUCUUACAGUUAUUACUUUACCCUCGAACAGAAGCCCCACGAAGCAGCAGCAGCAGCAGCAGCAGCAGCACGUGCAGCAGCAGUUGCUGCUUCUCUGCAGGCGCUUGCUGACGCUGCAUCUCAGCAGCAGCAGCAGCAGCAUCAGCAGCAGCAAAUGUUGGGUCUGCUGCAGCAGAUGUAUGAGUUGCCUCCAGACGCAGCAGAAGCCGCUGCAGCAGCAGCAGCAGCAGCAGCAGCAACUGCUGCUGCAGCAGCACAGCAACCUCCCUAUACACCCGGUGGCUUGGGGCCCCUCUACAGACGCCGCAGCAGCUGCAGGGCCCCCACACGAGCGCCGCUGAGAGGUCUCUUAUCACGCAACUUUGCUGCUGCUGCUGCAUGCAACUCUGUGUCUCCACUUUGGGGCUGA